GGGCCGGGGCCCGCAGCCUCCUCGCUCUUCCCACCGGGCAACAGGGAUGGGACAGGCCGUUUGAGCGCAGCCAGCGCCGUUCCCACCCGAGUGCAGCACUCCAGAAUGUUGAGAGGAAUCAGGAAUAGUACAACACACGUGUUUACACUUUCGUUGGCUAGAUCUCAGCACUGCAAACCACUGUUGACUCUCUCAUCCCUGUGGAAUAACGUAAAGGAUGGAAGCUUUUUACAGCAUUCCAGUUAUACAACUGAUAUCAAAUCAAAAGUGGAGAACAAAAGAACUGUGGAGAAUCUCUACAGAUUAUCCGUUGAUAUUAAAAAAAUUCGGAGACUAAAGGAGUGGGUCCUUUUUCAGGAUGCAGCCUAUGUUAAAGAAACUGCUAACACUUUACGUGAAAUGGGAGCUGAUAAGACUGCCAUAGCAAAUAUUUUGGAACGUUGCCCAGAGGCAAUCCUCCGUACCCCAGCAGAGAUAAACUCUCAAAGAGAUCUGUGGCAAUCAGUAUGCCAAAAUGAAAAACAACUGGUCAAAUUAAUAGAACAAUUUCCUGAGUCUUUUUUUACUGUUGAACAUCAUGAGAACCAGAAAUCUAAUGUUCAAUUCUUUCAAGAGUUGGGACUGAAGAAUAAUAUAAUCAGCAGGUUCUUCACAAGUGCACCCGAUAUUUUUUACAAGCCUGUUGAGAAAAACAAACAUAUAGUAGAGACAUUACAGAGAAUGUAUCUAAAUUUAGGCGGUUCUAAUGCCAAUAUGAAGAUCUGGCUUCUGAAAUUAUUGAGUCAAAACCCAUUUAUUUUGUUAAAUAGCGCCACAGCAGUUCAAGAGAACUUGGAGUUUCUCCAGAAGAAUGAUUUCACUGAUUCUGAAGUUCUGCAGCUGCUAUCCAGGCUUAAAGGUUUUAUUUUUAAUCUUAGCCCUAACGCUAUGCAGAAGAGCAUGUUUUUUUCCAAAGAUGUUUUUAAGUGCAGUGAUCAAGAAUUAAAAGAGCUAGUGUUGAAAUGCCCUGCUCUCCUCUACAAUUCUGUUCCAAUUCUGGAAGAAAGACUCAAGGGACUGUUGAAGGAAGGAAUUUCUGUAGAUCAGAUUAAAGAGACACCAAUGGUGCUGGAGCUGACAACCCAAAUUGUGCAGUACAGAAUUAAAAAGUUAGCUGCUUUAGGAUACAAUAUAAAAAAUGGAAAUCUAGAAAAUUUGAACGGAACAAAGAGAGAUUUUGAAGCCACUUAUUGUAGGAUACAAGCAAAGAGGGAGAGACCAAUGUUUAAUCCUGUUGCUCCUUUAAUUUGAAUGCCUUUAAUUUAUUCAAAAAGGAAACUUUAUCCUUCCUUAAGGACUGAAAUAAAAAUAACCUUAGCCAAUUUGUAUUCUGCUGCAUGAAGUUGUGCAGUAGCUGGCUUUAAUUCAUAGCUCACUAGUACUUUUAAAAGUUGUAUUACAAAAAGUGAUCAUAAUAAAAGGUUAGCAGUAUCAUUGCUAUUAUUUACAUAAGGACUAGGUUUUUAGAUUGUAUUCCAAGCACACACUUUUUAAAGAAGUUUCCCCAUCGAAC